AGUCAUUACCAACACAAAUAUUGUUUGUUUAAUUCAUAUACCUGUCAAAUAUUCAAGUUCAAGCACUAUUUUUUACAAACGCGAAGGGAAGUAAAUUUAUCAUAACUGUGACAGUGCAUUCUAACAACGAAUGUUUGUUCUCGUAUUACGAAAUAAGUCUGAAUAUUGGCAAGGGAAUUAAGAAGCUUUGGUUUGUUUAUAAAAAUGGCAGCUUUGAAGUUAUUGAAAGCUAGGCUGUCGCGGUUACAGUUCUUAUCCGUUUAGGUAAAUAAAAUUAACCAAGUUAAAAUGAGAUUUCCAGCCUGUAGCUAAAACUUUUUUGGUGAAGAAAGAAAUGUUUUGAUUUUAGUUUAAAGUAAAUUAGAUGUAAAAAAGAAAGGGAAAAAAGCAAAUACGAUGAUAUUGACGAAAGAGCAGUCCAAAGUUGCGUGUUUUAUGAUUUUAUUUUUGAAACUUGUUCAAACAGAAGUGAACAAAAACAAGACGAACCCCAUUGAAGAAUAUCUCAAUCCAGAAUUUUAUUGGCCGUUAGAUUAUUCGACAUGGAUACGAGAGAUCAUCACCGGUAAGACGGCUGUCGUGACUGAAAAUAGCGACAUCGGUAUUAAGGGCGAAAAACCUGGUUUUUUACAGUUUCCAGUACAACUGGCUUCAGCACAACUUGGUACGUUUUCUUCAAAUUGUCUUGUUAAUAUUGGAGAUUGCGAUUCCGGUCUAACAAUUGGAUUAUGGGUUAAAAUGGAAAAUAUGAGCACAUCAGGUAGUAAUGAUUUUAAGUUAUUCUGGACAAAACGGGAUAGCAGUGGCGAAGAUGAUACAGAUGAGCCGUAUAUGCAAAUUCGAUAUUCCGUGGGCACAGGUGGCAAUUUAACCCUGAAAGUGAUCAUGCGUCACGACAAAAUCGAGAGUAGUAUAGCGCCAAUCAAAGCUGACAAAUGGUAUCACGUGAUUCUUCAAUAUAGCAAAACAACAAACAUGGUGGUAUAUUUAAACGCGAAAAAGUUGGACACAGUAGUGACUCCAGGUAAGACGCAAUCAAAACACAAGAAUAUCGUACUUAUGUUGGGCAAAGAUGCACAAAAAGAUGGAGGGAAGAUUAUACGACACUCAAAUAUUGCUAGCGUUGACAAUUUGGCGAUAUGGGAGAAGUUGUUAACACUGAAAGAUAUCAGGAAGAUUUAUUUCGUCGAGUUUGGUGCGAUAAGCAUUCCUCCCCGUUGUAGGAACCAAUAUUCACAAUUUGAAGUAAAGUGGUAUAAGGCUGAUGACUAUUAUAAACAUAUCACAUUGUACAAACUUUAUUGGUGGACUGGAAAUAUUUCGCAAAAAGAUGCAAACAAAAUUGUGUUUCCACCAUCACUGGCCACUCGUAGUCGCCAGAAGGAAGUCAAAAGCAGGCUUUUUUUUUUCGAACGUAACAGAGAUUACAAGAUUGUAAUUGAGGCUGACACUGAAAGUGGCAUUCCCCUAAAAAGUGAAAUUAUAUGUGAUAGCAAAAAUGUGGCAGGAGGUAUUUUUUUGCGUUCCUUUUCCAGAACUCCAUUUACUAUCACUGUGACAUGGAAACAAGUUGGUGCAAUAGAUUCUGUGUAUUACUUAUCAUAUACUCCAAUCCAGGGUGGGAUUACUAAAACUGAGAUUAUUAGGAAUAAACAAUUAAAGAAAACACUGCAUCAUCUUCGUCCGAACACACAGUACAAAAUAAAAAUUCGAAAGAAUAAAAUACAAACUGGAGAAACAGUGUUUUAUCAGGGCAUUCAUAAGACAAUACCUAUUGCAUCUACGUUAAACACAUCCAUUGUUAGUUCACAAAUAGUUUAUCUUGGUUGGGAUUGGUUAAGACUGAAAUUUUCUCUUCAUAAACAGUUGGCUCAAUACCCAAUGCAAUACAACAUAAGUAAACGUAAUAUGGACAACCCAUUGGAAAGAACAAAAUAUUUUAUUUAUUCAAAUAUCACAGAUACACUAUCUUUGACAUUUGGAGGCAGAAUGGAUGAGAAUACAAGUUAUGAAUAUAAUGUUGAAGUUUCUGAUGAAGGAAUAUAUAAGCCAGGUCCUAAAAUGAGUCAUCCAUUAGUGGUUAAAACCAAAGUUCGAUUUAUGCCACCUGUUUCAAUAUCGUUUCCUAACGUCUCCGCAACGAUUGCAGUUGUUUCAGUCUCUCUACCAAAUGAAGCCAGUGAUUCCAAUUUCAAGAUAACGCAUUUAAAGAUUAAAUACCAAUCGUCGCUUUCAAGAAAAGAGGAGAUUGUAUCAAUUCAUCAAGCAAACCAUGUUGUGUUGGAUAAGUUGUCGCAGUUCACUGUAUACAAUGUUUCCAUCAGUACAGGGGAUGGAGUUAAGUUUGGAAAAGAUGAAAAGACAGAAAUUGUAAGGACUGCAGAUGAUAACGAAUGUGAUCGUAAUGAUUCUUGUGUUGCAAACUCUCUGUGUAAUAACACACCUGGUUCGUACUAUUGUGAAUGUAUAACAGGGUUUAACAAAGUAAACGAAACAUGCAUAGAUAUAAACGAAUGCGAUGUUGUAACUGCAUGCAAUGGAGAAAUAAACAAGUACUGUGUAAACUUACCAGGCUCUUACAGAUGUGAUUGUUUGCCAGGUUAUGUUUUAAAAGAUGACAAAUGCCAAGACAUUAAUGAAUGCAUGUCAGAUAAAACGUGUGAUGAGAAUUCAAUUUGUACAAACAUAGAAGGUUCGUACAAAUGUAAUUGCAAGGACGGCUUCAAAAUGGAAGGAAACAGAUGCACAGACAUCAACGAAUGCUUGGUAAACAAUACAUGUGGUGAAAAUUCAGUUUGUAUCAAUGAAGCAGGUGCAUACCGAUGUGAAUGUAAAACAGGAUACACACUAAGAGGAAACAAAUGCUCUGAUAUUAAUGAAUGCUUGGCAAAUAUGACAUGUGGAAUAAACUUUGAAUGCAUCAAUACAAUUGGUUCUUAUGUAUGCCAAUGUCAACAUGGUUUUAUUCUGGAAGAUAGGAUCUGUGUUGAUAUUGAUGAAUGUUCAGGAGGAAACAAAUGUCAAGCUAACACAGCUUGUGUUAACACUAUUGGUUCCUAUGAUUGUAUUUGUAAACCUGGCUUCAACAUGACGGAAGGCUUGUGUGAAGAUGUUGAUGAAUGCAGGCUUAUUAGCAACACGUGUGAUGAGAAUGCUGUUUGUAAGAACACCUUGGGUUCAUAUUUAUGUCAAUGCAAACCAGGCUUUACGAUGAAAGGAAAUGAAUGUGGAAUUGUUACACCGCUGGAAACAAAUGACACGUGCAAAGCUACCUUGAUUCGAAACAUUUACUGGCCCGCUACAAAGGUUGAAAGAACGGCUAUUGCUUCAUGCCCAGAAGGAAAGCUAGGUAAAGCAUCUCGAACCUGUGUUAAAGGUCAUAAAGGAGAGCCACUCUGGGGUGAAUUUGACUUAAGUAACUGCACUUCAGUAAUUUGGGCCACUAUAAACAUGAAAGAGACGAAUAUGACAGGCAGAAUGGAAGUAGCAACAACUAUCAACUCGUUUAUGUCUACUGAUGAAGAAAUCUAUGGAGGAGAUGUACGCAAUGUUGUUGGAUUGUUGGAUACUCUAAUUAACACUGGCGAAGGAAGCAAAAUUACAGCUCAAUUUACUGAGACCGUGGUGAAUAUAACAAGUUCGUUACUUGAUGAUAAAAGUGUAAAUGCUUGGAAAGAUCUGCCACAGGAAAAAAGAUCAAAAGACGCAGCUCUUCUUCUUGAAACAUCCGAUUCUGUUGUGAAAGCAAGUGCAAACAUUAUGUCACAGAACGCAUCGACAAAAACAUUCGUGACAGACAACAUAGUUAUGCGCUUGCAAAGAUUUGAACGAUCAGAAGAACUGACAACAUUGAAAUUGACACCAGAUAACACAGUGGAACUCCCUGUUGAUGCUGUUGGUACAGGGGAGUCUGUGACUGUUGCUACGGUUACCUAUUAUGGAUUAAGUGAUUUGAUUGGCGUACCAAAAGAAACAACAUUACGAAAUAAAAAAGAAAAUCUUACAAUCAAUUCUGAAGUUAUAUCAAUCUCAGUAAUCCCAUUGCAAAAGAAAACUUUCACAAAGCCAGUUGUUAUUAUGCAGAAAUUAUACAAUGAUAUAAACAAGACUCAACCGAAUUGUGUUUACUGGCAGAAGAAGGAUGAAAAAGCUGGUUAUUGGUCGGAUAAAGGUUGUCUCGUCCACUCCUAUAACAGAACGCAUGUCACGUGUCACUGUUUUCAUUUGACCAACUUUGCAGUUUUGAUGUCACCAACAGAUGCAGCUGACAAACUGACUGGCACACACCGUCUUGUACUUAGCCUUAUCACAACAGUUGGAAUGUCAGUAUCUUUAGUUGCUUUGGUCGCAUCAUUUUUCACAUUCAUAUUUAUAAGAGCUAUUCAUUCGUUUCGAAAUACAAUUCACCAACAUCUAGUGGUUGCCCUGUUUCUUGCUGAAAUUAUCUUCCUCUUCGGUAUUGAGAGGACUGAGAGCACGGCUGGUUGCCAGGUGAUAGCAGCCUCUCUCCACUACUUUUUUCUCGCUUCUUUCUUUAUCAUGGGUUUGGAAGGCGUUGUGUUGUAUUUGAUGUUGGUCCGUGUUUAUCGCUCGAUGGGCACAUCCGGAUACGGAAGUACCAAAUAUGUUAUUUUGUGUUGGGUGUUACCAUUGGUUUUUCUUAUGAUCAAUUUAUUUGCGGACGAUCAUGCAUAUGGUAUGAACAGGUCGUAUUGCUGGUUAUCUUUGCAGCAUGGUUUUAUCUGGAGUUUUAUCGGUCCCGUUCUUUUCGUCGUUGUGAUGAAUCUUGUUAUCCUGGUCAUGACUUUAAAGAUCAUGUCACAAAAAGCUAAAAAAAGAACAACAGUCACAGAUGAAAUAUGGUUUUGGGUGAAGGGUUGCUCUCUCUUGCUCUGCAUUCUGGGUGUUACUUGGAUAAUAGGUGUGUUCUAUGUAGAUAUGAACACUAUCUUCGCUGCGUAUCUGUUUAACAUCAUCAACAGUCUUCAAGGAUUAUCCAUCUUUAUCUUCCACUGUAUAUGUGAUCCCAGGGUUCGCAAAGCAUACUACAAUUUCUUCUGUUGUGUCCGUCACAAACAGCAAACUUUGUUAAGAUCAAAUUCGCGCACGCGUACAACAUCCACAGGAUCGAAGUCGUCCUUAAAAGGAAAGAAGAGAAAGUAUAACAAAAAAGGUGACAAAGAACAUCUUCCACUUUAUAUGAACGGUACAUCGCCGGACAUUACUUCGAAUGGACACUCCUCCACACCAAAUGAUAGUUUUGGAGUCCUCGUGGGCACAAACAACUUCUAAAAACGCCGGGAUAAACCACAAGCGAAGAAAAUGGGACGCUUGAAAACGAAAAUGACUCCACGUAUCCCGAAAUGAGAAGCAAGGCGACGAAGUCAUUCGCUUUUAUU